AUGACCGAGAAUGAGGACACCACAACCUCGUCCUCAUCAAAUACCAUUCAGAUUCCGAAUCAAUCAUCAUCGAACAACAUUUUGAAUGAUGCUUCGUUUGAGCCUGGCUCUCCUCAAUUAAAUGCAGAUAAGAAAGAAGAUGACAAUGAUGCUGCUAUGGAAACGUUUGAAGGAACGCGUCUCAAAUUUUUCCACACUCUCGGAUUUCGAAAUAUACCGCAAGCCAUUCAACAUUUGGAAAAUGAAGAGGAAAUUGUAUAUCUUGUCGGAAAACAUGUUUCAAUAUUUAAUUAUGAAAAACGAACUCAUACAUUUAUUUUGAAAAGUGGCAAUGUUUUGGAAAUUCAUUCUUUUGCCAUUUCCUACAACCGAAAAUUUAUUGCAUUGAGUGAAUCCAUCAACUCUUCAGAUUCCAAACGAAAGAGCCAACAAAAUCUCAAUCAAACCAAAGAGAGUUCUACCGAAUAUCAGAUAUCUUCAUUUCAAUGGCAUUUUUCUCGAGAUGCCAAAUAUUUGGCAGCAGUGACAGAUGAGCCAGAUCAAUCCAUUUAUUUAUGGCAUUUAGAAAAAUCAAACAAAGUAUCAAGUAAAAAGAUUCCCUUCCGUGUGACUCAAAUCACGAUAAACCCUUACUCACACUGGCAAAUGGCGACGACAGGUCCCGACGACAUGAAAAUCUGGCGUUUCACAGAAGGAGAAUUGAAGCAUAUCGACCCAAUUGGAAGUGACAAGUAUACCUAUCGAUGUCACACAUGGUUCGAUGAUGAAAAACUACUUGUUGGUACAGAGGAAGGCCAAAUUCUAGUGAUCGAUGGCAAAAAUGUUGUCAAGACCUUCUCCAACGUACAUCCGAAUGCUUCUGGAAUUUUGUGUAUUGAGGCUAUUGAUCGAGGUUUUGUAUGUGCUGGAGAAAAUGGUUAUUUCUCAGUAUUUGAAAGAACCUAUGACUCUGAAUAUUUUAAUCACUACAAACGUUUCAGAACCUUAGAAAAACGAAAAAUCGUCUCGCUAUGUGUCUCUAAAAAAGAAAAUAAUGUGAUUUGCUGCUACGAUGACAACAAAUUUACCUACUUUUCUUUAACAAAUGUAGACAUUUUGAAAGAAAAUGAUAACAAUUUCACCUUGCUGCCCAUUGGAUUUCAUGGACAGUUAGUGCAAGGAUUGGCAACUUGUGUACAAAAACCUCUCAUGGUCACAUGUGGUUCUGAUCGAACUCUUAGGAUAUGGAAUUACAUGAAGAGACAAGUAGAACUAGAGAAAACCUUCGACGAAGAUAUUUAUUGUGUGUCUAUGGAUCCAACAGGAACAAGAAUUUUGAUAGGGUUUCGAUACAAACUGAGUUGUUUUGCCAUUUUAUCCAAAGAUCUCUAUUUAUUACACGAUUGGCAUGUAAAGAGUUGCAAAAUUGCUACCUUUUGCAAUGGAGGACAAUAUUUUGCGUGUGUCUCUGCCACAUCCAUUCUCAUUAUAUCUUCUUUAACAUUUCAAGUUGUACAUACAUUGAGAGGACAUUCUGGAAUCAUCAAAUCCAUUGUUUGGGGGAAAGAUGACAUACAUUUAGCAUCUGCAAGUUUUGAUGGAAGUAUUUGUCAGUGGGAUUUAGCUUCAGACAAGUUGAGAAUUUUUGAAAAUGUUGUCAAGACAUGCAACUUUCGAUGUGUCGCCUAUGAUAACAAAACAAAUACAUGCAGUGCUGUAGGAAAUGAUGGCAAUGUGUGGACUUUUAGAAAUGGAACACUCUACAGCCAAAUACCGACACGAGAAGAUUUAACUUCCAUCAUUUACAGUUCAUAUUCUGAGGUUGCAGUGGUUGGGACAACGAGUGGAAAAUUACUAUUGUAUUCAUGGCCUCCAGAAAAACCUGUCAACAAUUUAGAUAAGGCACUUCUCGAAUACGAAGUACAUAAUGGCUCGGUCGUUUCAUUAAUGCUCACAAGUGAUGAACGAUUCCUUUUCAGUUUGGGUUCCGAUGACACACUCUUUAUGUUGGAAUUGGACACGUGGAAAGAUGGAAAACCAAUUCAAUUUAAAAACUUUGAUUUUGACAAAUUCUAUGACUUGUACUAUACACUAAAAGGAAGUGAGGAAGAAAUUGAACAACAAAUUGUCGAGCUGACCGAUAAGUCAAAACAAGCUCAUGACGACCACGAACGAAAGAUUGAGCAAUUGAACGAUCAAUACACCCAAGAGAUGGAAAAACAACGCAUUCAAUAUACAAACGAAAUUAAGGAACUCAAACGUGUCAACAACCAACUCAAACAACAACUCGCAGAUCAAGAAAUUUCAUUUAAGGAAAACUUGAACAAGAUUGAAUAUACGCACCAAGAAGAAAUUGAUAAGGAACGGAUCACUGCCGAGUCCAAUGUUGCUGAAUGUAAAUCAAAAUAUGAGAAAGAAGUGGAAGGGUUGAAAGAAAAAUUAGCCUACUUUGUCGACUUGGUUAAAGUCAUGACCGAAAAACAUGAAGAGGAAAUUGAAAAACUCAAACAAGAGUAUGAAGAAGAAAAACUUCAACUUGUUGAGACCUAUGACAAUUUGAGUCAAGAUUUUAAACAGCUUUCGAGUGUUUAUCAAUCAACGGUUCAACAAGCAGAGGAAGACUUUGAUACACAACUCAAACGAGUGAAAACAUCACUCAUUCACACCAUUGAAAAACACAAACAAUCUGUCAUUGAGGCAAAAGGUGAAGCCGUCAAAAAAGGAACCAAAGUUGAAGAGCUCAAGAAGGAAAUUGUGGCUCUCAAAAAUAAGAUUACGAAACAAGAAGAGAAAAUUCACCAAUUGGAAAAGAAGAAUGAUGAAUAUCGCACCACUAUAGAUACACUACAAGUUGACAAGAAGAAGCAAGAAGAUGCUAUUUUGAUGCAAGAACGAGACAAGAAAGACCUCUUCCGUCAAGCCAAAGAGUUAGAACAAAUGAGAUAUGUUCUUACAUUUAAAUUUAACAAACUCAAGAAUGAAGUGUCGCCGAAGGAAAAUCUCAUUGCUGAGUUGCGAGAGGAUUUGAAAAAUAUUGAAAAGGAGUUGUUACAAGCCAAGAUUGAAAAUGACAACUUGCAAUCACAAAUAGCUCAAAAGAAUGAAAAAAUUGAAGUCAUCCAAUCCGAAUCUGUCAAACUGAAACAAACAGUGGAUGACAAGACUCGUGUGCUCGUUUUACUAAUUCAAGAAUUAUCCAACUUGACAAGUAAUGGCGAUUCAAAACUCACCAAUGUACACCUCAAGAAAAUUGUUUCGCGCUACAACAACAUUCUCACGAAGGGAAUUAAAGCAAAUAACCAAGGAGAGAAAUUGCGUGACACCAUUGAGGAAUUUGAACGACAACGUGGAUUUUUAGAACAAACCAUCUCAGGUAUGAAGAGAACACUCUCUACACGUGAGGAACAUUUGAAGGGCGACUUGGUUCGAAAGAAUAAUGAAAAUUCUGUCCUUGUCGAAGAAAUUAAUCAAUUACGAAAGGAUCAAAAACAGUACAAACAACGCAUCAUUUCACUCGAAUACCAAUUGAAGAAUGCAUUACAUUUCCAACAGCAACAAUUACAACAACAACAAGGAAAGGAAUUGAAUACUUCCACUGCUGCAUCGACCAUCUCUUCAGCAAGGUCGAGACGUGCCGGAAGUGCCACAUCUGUUCGGUCCUCUCUCAAUAGAAUUCGAACACCUGAUACCUAUUAUGUGCCAAUUAAUACAGGAUCCAUGGUUGGUGGUGACCCAAACCUUAAGGGUGGUAAUGUUGGAUUAUCGGAUAACACCAUUACAGGUCUCGAUCGAAAGAAGGUUGCAGAAUUUGUCGACAGUUUGGAAAAAAAUAACAAACGAUUCGAGCAGCAACAACAGGAAAUUGACAAGCUUAAAAAUUAUGUACAAAAUUUAUUGGAAACUGAGGAAAAUAUCAACAUGCAAGACCAUACCAUAGAAACAACAUCUACAACACCAGCUGUGACGCCAACGAUGGUUAUUGAGAGCAGAUCGAGUUCAUCCGCAACCACAAGCUCCACUCCAACAGCCACCACGAAAUUGGCACCUAUUAAGCUCAAUAAGAAUGCUUAG